UUAGAGUAAAAUCCAAUGAGAAUAGAUAGAAGUGGUAUAUCGCGCAGUGUGAUCCCUCGUGCAAGAUGUGCUGUCUUACAGUGGCGACUUGCAAGUACGACAGCGCCUCACGCUACCACCAGUAACAGCAGCGGCGAAAAGCCGGCCGAGUUCUACGACAUCAUCAUUGCCGGCGGUGGUAUGGUCGGAACCACAUUGGCCUGUUCAUUGGCAAAAAAUCCCCGCCUUUCAGACCGUCGUAUACUGCUGCUGGAAGCGGCAGCCGGCUUCAAGCAACCCUCGACCGAAACCUACAGCAAUCGGGUGUCGGCCAUCAGCAAGGGAACGCACCGGCUGAUGAGAACUGUUGGGGCGUGGGAGCAGAUUGAGGCCACCCGCGUAAAGCCGGUGCUGAAGAUGCAGGUGUGGGACGCCUGUUCGGACGCGUUGAUCACAUUCAACUAUGACGACAUGGCGGAUAAUAUUUCGUGGAUCGUUGAGAACGAUGUCCUGCUGAGUAGUGUCUAUCGGCAGCUGGAGGCAGUGAAGAAUGUGGAGAUCCGGUACAGCUCAAAGAUGGAGGAGUGCGGUUUGAUUCGAGAUGGAGCGGAGAAAAGCACGGUUCGCUUGAGCAACGGAGAUCGGCUGCAGUGCGAGUUGUUGGUCGGCGCCGAUGGAUACAACUCUCUGGUUCGACGGACGAUGGGUGUGGAUAACUUCACACUGGCGUACGAUCAGAUGGGCGUGGUGGCAACCCUGAAGCUCAGUGGCGCUGUUGCAAACAAUGUUACGGCAUGGCAGCGAUUCCUCCCGACGGGACCGGUGGCCCUGUUGCCAUUAAACGACGAAAUGAGCUCGCUGGUGUGGUCAACGAGUGUGGCGGAGGCGAAGCGGCUACUACAGCUGGAUGAUCAGUCGUUUGUUGCCGCGCUCAAUGAGGCGUUUACGAAAUCGUACCCGAGGAAUAAUGUCAUCGAAGACAUCAUGAAGAACGUCAACUCGCUGAUUUCUUCAUCAACGGGACAACGCUUGGAAGCACCACCCGUCGUAGAAGCCGUAAUUGAAAAGUCCCGUGCGGCAUUUCCUCUUGGAUUAGGUCAUACCAGCACUUAUGUUGGUCAAGGCGUUUGCUUGAUUGGUGACGCUGCUCAUCGAGUGCACCCCCUUGCCGGUCAAGGUGUCAAUCUUGGAUUCGGCGACGUUCAGUGUCUAACCGAUGUCCUAGCGGAAGCAAACUACAGCGGAUUGGGCCUGAACAACAUGUCUCAGUUGGUCAAAUACGAACAGGAACGACUCCGACACAACGUCCCAAUCAUUCUGACGACCCACGGUCUUCAACGGCUCUACACAACCGACUUUCCCCCGAUCGUGGGUCUUCGAAGCAUCGGAUUGACCAUCACCAAUUCGCUUCCUCCGGUGAAAAAAUUCCUGAUGAAUUAUGCCAUGUCUUAAUCCCGACAUCGAGAGCGACACGGGGCUUACCGCCAUCAGCAGUCAGCGCCGGAAUAACGAGGGGUAGCUAACAGGUAAGGAAGACGUCGCGAAAUGUCGUCGCCGAAGGAAAGAGGUAAGGUCAUUUUUCUUGUUAAUUGACAACGUUUGUCAAUCUUUGUCCGAGACUGAAACCGGGAAGGAAAAGGAAAUUGGAAAGCUUAGCUUGGAAAUGCGACAUUGUUUAUUUGAAGUUUAUCUUAGAAAUGUAUCUUCUAUUUCUUCCACGCAGUAAUAUAUCUAUAAUUUAUUUGUAUAUGUUCCUCUAA